AAUUAUUUGAAACUCUAGAUAAACCUCUGAAUGUGGCAUCACUGCGAACACACAACGGGGAAAAUGAAUGGAGUUACACACACUGAGGCAGCCCGGACACGAACAUUGCUGGCGGUGCAUAUUGUACAACGUGUACGGAUAGGGCUUUCCUGUCACCAACACUGUGGAAAGCGGAUGCAGCCGAAUGGCCGAACGAGCGAACCCGAAGUCGGAAACGCCCUCCCCUCCGACUGCGCAUGACGUUUUCUAAAUAUACGAAUUGAAACGAAAUAAUUUAUCAGUCGUUUUAGAGCUUUGAUCGUAGACGGACUGUAUUCAUAACCGUUGCUUCGUAGAUUUUUUUUGGGUGAAUAAGGAGAAAAAUUACUAUAAUUACCAUUGUGUAUACACACAUAUAGCGCACACACCGCGGUUUGUUCGGGGGAGAGAAACGCACAGCAAAGUGAGAAUUCGACGUACGUACGGUCCGUAGAAAGGCGCAAGGCGAGAAAGCGAGUGGCACUAGAGCGAUCUGUAAGAAAUUUAUUAUGAAGAGCACGACCAGUGAACGAAUUUCGGCGAAUUAGUUUCGAGACAGGCUGGAAGAGAGAGUAUUUUCGGGAAGAAAAGUUAAUCGCGAACGCAUCUUCCACCCCGAGCCAGAUAGAGUGCGUGUCUUUCGGGGCGAGAUACUGGGGGAUGUUGCACUGUUGGAAGCUUCUGACCCAGGAAGUGUUGGGCUCGAGAUACGACGAACAAGCUUUCAGUGGAUUGUUGGGUGGUGUUAUAAAGUUUGUGCGAUAUUGCUGCAGUAUCGAUGUGUGAUGUGACUGUAGCUAGUAGAAGCGACGAUCGUAGCGAAGAAAAAUUCACAAAGUUGACCGUGUAGAGUGCAAUAAGCAGUGGAGAACGAGACACAUAUAGAAGAAAUCUCAUUACGCGGGCUGCGACGCGGCAGCACUUUCAUGCAGAACAGUACGCGCCGCGGUACACACACUGGUGUAGCACCAAGGCACCACAGACAUAGCGCGACGACGGCAGAUGUACGACGAACAACGUCGCGGUCGUCUUCUUGUUGGUCGUCGUCGUCGUGGUCCCCGUCAUCGUCGUCAGAUCAGCGGCAGCAGAAAAACAACAUCGUCGACAACAUCACCGUCGACGUCGUCGUCGUCGUCAGCGGUAGGAGCAGCACUACUAGAAGCGGCCCCAGCACCAGCUUCAGCAAAAGCAUGAAAAGAGCUCUGAAAAAACGCCAACGGCCACAGCAUCGAGCAGCGAGCGAAGAAAAUAUUUUGAAAAGUGAUUUAUUUUCGUUCAUAUUUUUUUCUGGCAACCGAAAAAAGAGCAUGAAGAAAAUGUAAGAAGAGCACAAAAUGCGAAUACGUUUGUAUAUCUAUAAAUGAAAAAUCAAAGUUAAUAAAAAGAAAGCGAAAAAAGUAAGAAAAAGAUUUUUUCUUCAAAGUGAUCUAAUGAUUUCAUGAAUGAAAACAACAGGCACACGCGAAGAAGGAAAAGUCGUCAUACGAAAAAAUAGAAGUUUUCUGCACGAUCAGUGAAUACAAUUCGAAAGAGUGCGGGAUUCGGAGCAAAUGCAAAAGAAAAAAAAAGUUCAACAAUAAUAAUACACAGAAAUAGAGAAGCGAGUUGAAAGCAAGUAAAAAAAGUGAGCACAAGUGAUCAAAGUCAGAAAUCAGUUGCAAAAAUCAGUGAAAACAACAUACCAAGUCAGCUAGAAGCUAGAAAAUUGCAUCAGCUGAAGAAAAGUGCAUCCGAAGCGAAUCUGAAGUGCCAAGAGAAGCAGAGUUUUUAGUUCUGUUUUCUUGGAAGUGUGCAAAACCAGAGAGAUCUUCGGGCUGACCGGCAAAUCAUGAAUCUGGUGUUUUCGCGCAAAACUAGGAUUAACAUUGGAUCUACCGAGGCGAUAACAGCGGCGAAAUCGCAAAACAAGCACCGAUCAACGGCAUCAACAGCAAUAACAAGAGUUACUACACUGGUAGUGGCACUCCCAGAGAUUCCCGAGCAGCAGCAGCAGCGGCAUUGGAUUAUUAACGCACGAGCCUGGCAGCACCCGGUUUAAUUGCUUAUUGAUUAUAAGGCGAUUAAAACGAUGACGGAUCUUGGUGGACCACGGCUGAAAACAACCCAUCGAAGCCGCUAGUGUAACGAGCUACAUGGAUCGCAGAAAUGGCGGCGAUCCUUUGGCGCCUCCUCGGCCCCCUAAGUCCUUGCCUCGUGUUCAUCGUCCCCGGGCUCCCGAGCCGACCAUAAUGAGCGCUGCCAACAGUAUCACCAGCCACCAAUCGCCAGCGAUCAACAGCGCCAAUAACAACAACAACAAUACGACGAUCAGUACGAUCACGAAUCGAAGUCUCCAUAACGUACCGCAACUGUCACCAAAACCUAGGAAUCUAAGCUCUUCCAGUUCUCCUGCACGUAACCUUAGUAGCAAUAAUAAUAUUUCAUCAAUUCCACCGCCGUUGCCACCUCAAAUAGCGCCCCUGACGCCGCUUCACACCCGAAGCAGUAGCAACAGCAGCAGCCUCAGCAGUAGUAGUCAUCAUCAUCAUCCGCAACUCCACCAUCUUCCUACUAGUAAUAAUAACGUUAGUAAUAGUCUAGCUCAGCCAGCAAGUACCUUCUCGCGACGACGUCCACCGGCAGCUUUACCAACCAUCUCGAUACCGAGCAUUUUGAGCCCUAGCAUAGAGACGCCAGCGUCGAACACGACGACAACGUCUGCCUCAUCCCCGGUCACCCUGGCUGCGCCUAGACCUGAGAACGAAAGGCUUACUAACGAGUAUGUCGAUACGCCGUUUAGUAGACUGUCGCCUGCAGCGAACCGUCAGCGGGGGCAGCAUGCUUUUGGACCCGCGACGACCACCGGGUCGGCGACGAUCACGACCCCUCCGGUGGCGUCCGGCAUCGAUCCGCACCGUCAACUAUCAGUAUCGCAGCAAACCCAGAAUCGAUUACAUUCGCCUAGCACUAUCCAUAGUAGCAAUAGUACAACGGUGUCGACCCUCGGUAAGCCUAUCGGAUCCACGGCGACGACCACUACGCUGCACAGCAGCAAUAGGAACUUUAACAAUAACACAAUCAACACUAGGCCAAACCAAUUACCGCUGGGACACACGCAGUCGUCGGUGGCGGCGACGACCACAACCACGACGGGAACGACCGGUAUACCCUUGUCGGGAGCUCCAACGAUACAGUCAGCAGCGACAUUGCCAAUCACCAAACAACCAGUAUCAAACAACUUUAGCAAAGACUCACCGGCAGCCGGUCUGCACGAGCUUGACAUCGAUCUGCACCCGUCGAAUGGUGAUCUACUUAAUUCCAUCACCUGCCCUCAGUGUAAAAAGUGCCGGUGCGAAGAGUGCCAGCGACCCCGACAACUACCCUCCCGGUGGCUUUGUGACAAAACCUGUCUCUGCAGUGCGGAGACCAUCAUCGACUACGCUUCCUGUCUAUGCUGCGUCAAGGCGCUGUUCUACCACUGUUCGAAGGACCACGAGCUGGAACGAGAAAGCGACACCGUAUCCUGUGCGGACGACCCGUGCUCUUGUGUUCCCCAUAAGCGAACGACCCGUUGGGGCUGCCUGGCGGCCCUGUCGCUUGCACUACCCUGCCUAUUGUGCUACUGGCCGAUGCGGGGUGGUGUUGCCGUCUGUGCGAAAUUGUACGCUAAACAUUCCCGACACGGCUGCCGUUGUCAGUCACAGAACGGUGGCAGUCUCGCCGACAGUAUCCUCACCGGCCUGGGCAGUGGCGGUCUCGGCGGAGGUGGCAACGGUGGCUCUCAGGGUGGCAACGGUGCCAGUCUGGAUCACGAUAGCAAUAUCAGCAGUAAAUUCUCCGACGUCAACAGUACCAGCCCGUUCGGCAAGGGACACCACCACAACCAUCAUCAUCAUCAUCAUAGUCACCACCACCAUCAUCAUAACUCGGGGGAUCUUACGCCCGAAAAGCGCCUGCUCGAUUCCAGUCCGGAGUACUGAUAUAUGCUGUAUCUGUAAGCGGGCAACGAAGGGGGCAGCAGCAGCUGAUGCCAUUUUCGAGAAACGAGGCCCGCUGGCAGAGAUCAUCAUCACGAUCGCAUCCGGCGUUCAACGGUAAACAAUAGUAGGUAGUAGUAAUAAUAAUAAACUCGGCGCGAGCGCGCAACAGACAAUGCACGCACCCGAGCGUACUCAACAGGGUGGCCACAAAAAAAUCGGAAUCUAAAUUCCCGCAUUUUUCUUUCGCAUUUAAUCUGAAUUUCGUAAAUUCCUACAGAGAUUCUGCUGUGACUCACGAAUAAGUCAGAAAGUCGGCCCAGGAACACCUUCAGAAAUUGAACAGAAGCUCUGAGCUCUAGAAUUUCUAUUGAAAUUCGUUGGAAAUGGCUCUAAUUCCGUUGUUUCACAAAUUCUGUUAAAAUCUACUGCAAACUCUUCUCUAAUGCCAUCUAAAAUGUAUUUGAAAAUUGCAAUUUAUAAAAUUCAUAACUUUAUUUCCCGACUUUUCCUCCCAGUUUUCCAAAUAUCCCGAGUAUGUGGCCACCCUGGUACUAUGUGGCUAUAUGUUGUAGGUAGAAGGGAAACAAAACGACAGAAAAAUGAAAACAAGCGAAGAGCAAAGUUCGAAGCAUAUAAUAGGAACGGGAGAAAUGUUUUUUAAUUAUAAUUUAACCAAAGACUGCAGACUAUUAUUGAGUUAUGUUUUUUGAUAUAAAUAAUGUUUUUCGUGUAAUGCAAGCAAAACGAACCGACGACGAGGAAGAUGCAAAUCUGUAAAUUAUCCACUAAUAUACGGGCUUAACUGGAAGGAUUGCUUCACGCGCAGAUCGAGGACGAAGCAGGACAAAAGUCGAAUUAUAAAGUCGAAUUAUAGAGUCAAAAUACUACCCACUACUGCUACUACUACUACUAUUACACACUACCUUCCUACUACUGCUAGGUUUCGUUACAGAAAAAAAUGAAUCAAUACAGCUACAGUUACUAAAGAAAUUCGAGGAGCAGGUAGAUCCAUUAGGACGCGGGAAAGAUAACUAAUUUAUUCUAACUGUAUACAGAUUUUUAAGGCAAACACGCAAUCUCUCAAUUUUCCAGAGAGGUUAAGAUUUUUUUAACUACUGAGAGUGGAGAAUGCGUUCGCGGCAAAAGGUUGGAAGUUAGACGGAGCGAACCGCGUUCUUCUUGUGUAUAGGGAAUUAGAUAGGACAUUUUCCAAAUGGCUAGGCGGCGUUGCGAAUUCAGGAAAGGGUGCACGCGAGUGUGUAUCAAGGCGUGAGAACGAGGAAUCUGGAACUGUUGUUUUCUAUUCGUAAAUGCGUAGUUUAUUUCCUACCUUUCGUUUUGUUUCAAGCAAACAAGUGUACGGAAUAUUGCAAGAGUACGACUGUUUCCGCGGUAUUUUAGAAAUAUCGCGGAAAAUGUGAAAAAUUUUGAAAAGUUCUGAUUGCGCGCAAGUCAGCGGCCGGCUAGACACGAGAGGUUAGGCACCAGCUACAGGAGAACAAUGUAAGAACGAGGACUCUCGAAGCAAACGGGAUGGAACAGAGUUGAACAAAAUCAUGUAAAUAGUUAUACAUAUUUAUCCAAAAAAACCAAGCGACUAAUUUAAUGUAGGGCGCCCGUGUGGCAAACAAAGAAACUAUUUUCUUAAAAAACUGUGUACGAUUCUAGGAUGCUGUAUAUAAACCGAUAGGAAGCGGUUCGCAAAGAAACUGAAUAAAGGGAAAACAGAUGAUAAGCAUAUUUAUAUUUAAAUACACGCGAAAGAACCACUGAAAAAAAAUGUAAUAUAUUUUGGGAAUGUUCUAGUUUUGUGUCUGAGGCAGAGAGAAAGAGAGUGUGUGAGUGUGUCUACGAGCGAUUGUUCCACGUGACCGUGAGUGCUUGGAAGAGCGACAAAGAGUGUGCAUGCGGUAUGUUAUUCUUCUGUGUAAAUAUUUACCACACAGGAAAAAAGGAAAGAAAGCAACAAAUCAGCAUUAUCCGGUAUGAGCCAAUUGUAUUUCAAGCGAAAACAAAAUCCGCUGCGAAGCGACUACGAAACGUGGAAAACAAACAUGCGAUCAGUCAGUCAGUCCGCUCAGUGAGUGUUCCGAAAAAUCGUGCCCGAUAGGUUCAAAACAAAGGGGUUCAGUGUGUUGUUUAGCGGCAGCUUCGGCAUCGGAAACGCGCGAUCGCGUCCACGUGGUGAUGGCGGCAAAAAGACGCUAAUCACGCGUGUGAAUCGACUGUGGAAUGACAAGUAUGCAAAAAUUAUCACGCUCCCAAUCACUGGCUGCCAGAGCCAGAAGCAAACAAACAAACAAAAAAAAAACACGAACUCAAGGUUCAACGGGUGUGAAUGUACUUUUCGCGAUCAGCUCAAUGCCUCGUCGUCAGUAAAUACCAAAGUCUCCGGCCCUGCUGCUGGCUACUGGUCAACGCUGCGGGAAAAAAUCGGUUCAUUGUUAUUUAAAUUGAUAAAAGCGUUGAUUAAAGUGAUGCAUUCACCACGUUUCCGUAAAUGUUUUUUUUCUUGCUGAGCUGAUGUGAAUGUGUGCGUGAAAGUGCUUUUGCCAGGGCCGGGGGGCUCUCCAAUGGAAGGCAGCGCUGUUUUUUGUUGGGAGAUAUUUUUUCCGGCGUCGUCGGCGAUCGAUCGUGGAGGGGCUUGACCGCGCGCCUCAACUGACUUAACAGAUUGUAGGAACACUUUGGAAUCCGCUUUACGACGUGUGUAUUGAAGGAGAACGAUUCCACCAGUGCGCCCGCCGCCGGCCGUCCCGUAGAGAGACGUGAAAUAUUUAAACGUCGGUGAUAACCUAUAUGGUUGCAAGCAAACAUAAAUAACAGAUAAUAUUUCAGUCAGUGGCGCUGUGAGUGCACGAACGGAAACCACGAGUGAGAAAGGAACACUGCUUGACUUUACAGUUGAUGCGAGCAUUGAGCCAUAUUUAUGGAGCAAAUUAUCAUUUCGACGAAUUUGCUUGAAUGGAUAUAAAUUUUAACUUGUUUUCGACAGCACAAGACAUGGAUUUUGGCUCCGCAGAGUUAUAUACUCAAUUGAGCCUUGAACAGACAAAAUAUAAUACACUUUUGUCAAUGAAAUGUACUGUGUUUUGCCAUGAAGUUGAUAAAAAGGAUUACGCUAUAGUUUUUAAGCAAAUUUUGUGUCGCUCCCCUUGAUCUGUCAAAAUAAAACGCCAACAGCGAUGCGAUGUUUUUCGCAUGCGCUUAUGCUGCAGUAUGAUGUUUUCCAAGUGUACAUUGGCCGGACUCUACAGUGCAGUAGCAGUUAUUGAAUUUCAUUCAAUAAGUGAAAUGAAAGUAUCGAACGUCUUGUACAGGUUAAGGGGAGCGACACUAAAUAAACCAAAAUAAAAAAAAUGUUUUAAGACAUCGCUUUAAAAGCCCCAAAAUGAUUCACUCAUUCAUGAUAGAUGCAAUCCAUUCAAUCAGAUCGACUAAAGUCCAUAUAAAUUCGCCACAUACGUCAACGCUCUGACGAUAGCAAGGUGCUCCCGUAAAUUCACCUUCCCGACAAUGAUCUUGCUCUCUCGCUCUCGACAACUCUUCCUGGAAAUUGAAAAUAAUCGAUUUUCAUUUUUCUCCAGUUCGUUCUCCGGCCCGUUUCCUGAUAAAUAUAUGGGUUGUUAAGCGAAACGAAUCAAUAAAGGUCUCUGUGCAGCAGAGCACGGCAUAAGGAGUCCAAAAUCAGAACCAUCUGUUUUACGGACGACACGGAGAUCUCAACUCUCGAGGAACGAACCAAACAAAAAAGAAGAAUGCACGCUAUCUUUUUUUUCUUUUCAGCAGAACUCCUUUUCUAUACGGUCCUUAUUCAGCCAUACGGUUCCCCGGACAAACGUCGAUUUUUUGAAAGGGAAAUUAUGUUUUAUGUUCUCGUUUUUUCUGGAAUCUGAGAUAAAAUAUUUUCGAGGGUCGUCCGAACCGCGGACGACCGUCGUUCAUCGUCGUCGUCACCAAAGACCGGUGAUCCCGACCUGAAAUGGAACCCGAACCUCAUCCGUUUCGUCGUCUCCGUUCGUGCUAUGGCGUAAUCCAUGCUUUUAUCGUUCGUUUCGUUGAGGUUAGGUACCGAACCCGAAGAAUCAAUACGUGCCCUGCAUGCAGCAUGAUCGUGUGUUUUUUUAUGAAUUUCCUGUCUAAUUUAUCAAGCCAUGAAAGUCGUCGUCUCCACUCACUCUCUCAUUCUCUCUGUCCCGUGCUGUCGCCUUCUGUCUCCCCGCUUUUGAAGGGUCCAGCCGGACGGAGCGCUCGUUCGUGUGACGCAGCGACGGCGAGGAAUGUGAGCAAAACGAACGCAGAGUGUAGGAAAUCUCAACUCAAGUAGAACAUUUAUCUUUGGAGAUUUCCUCUUUCGAAACUGGGCCCCGGACGGGCAGAAAAUCCAGCAGAAGCACUGACUGCGCGCGCCGUGUGUUGCCUUUUGAAAACAGGAAACGACUGCCAUUUUCAUUCAUUAAAUUUUCGAAUGCGCGCUGUGUGUCUGACGAAAUGACGGGAGAGAUGGUCGCCACGUACGGGCCGCACGGAGUCGCAACAGCGAUCUCGCUGGCGGUGCCGAAUCGGUCCAGGUAGAAGCAACGACCGAUCGGCUUCUGGGCCGUUUUCUGCAGAUUUUUUUCAAUGAUCUGGCAUUUAAUAUGGUUGACAUUUCAUUUCAAAUCAAAUGGUUAUUUUCUUUCAGUGUAGCCCGACUUUCAAUGUUCUUUUAGUGCCUUUUUAUUGACAAUGGGUUCCUAAAGUUUAAACUAGAUUUUUUAGAGUAAACAACAAAACAAAAGUCCUAGAGUACACGUUUACUCAUUAUUUUAUGUUAUUAUUGGUUCUUGUUGAACAUUUUAUUCAAAUUCCUAAUCUAGUGUCCCGCUCCUAGUUUGAAACUCAUAUUUUGAGUGAUUUUUUACCGUGUAUGUGAUAUUGACCAAUCCAAAUUCCUGUGUGGUAGUGGUUUGUGUUCAGAUUUCCCGUGUUAAUCUAUCUGUAAGAACUUUGUAAACAUCUUUUGUUCUCACGUAUAUGGAUAGGCUUGCAGUAGGUUUCGUGAGACUUUUUUAGAACAACUCAAUAGGGACAUUUUUGAAUUCCCACUUUGAAAUUUGUCGAAUUUCAUCACGUCAUGGUUGACCUUAUAAGUCAAACUAGAACUUUUUUUCGUUUUACUGAUUACAUAUAACGUUAUUAUUCCACAUUUACAUCCCUAAAUGUAUGUGUUGUUUUAAUCAAAAUAUCUGAUUUGAUCGUAAUAUUUAAUUAAAACGAGAUUUUGCCUCCAAUUAUAUAAAUGCACGUGUUUACAAUAGAUGCACGUGCUUACAACUUCUCGUGGAAUGACCUUCUCCGAAGAUGCGUUUUGUAAUCAGUAAUAUACGGAUCUUUCAUAUGGAAAGGGCAUCACCUCUCUUUCAAAUUCGAUUAUUUUGAAAAUGGGCGAAAACAGAGACUGAUCAAAAGAGUAAUCUUCGCCUACUUGAAGAGAUGAGCCAAUGAGCGCAAUCGAAAGGGCUUCUGAAAAAUCGAAAACACUAGCAAACAUUUUGCGUCGCAGCUUUUGUUAUUGUUGUUUUUUUUUUUGGGCAGAUCUUCUAUAGUCGAUCAAAUUAAGUAUUCUCUCACGAUAGUUUGCCAAAACACAUGACGCUCCACCGAUCGUAACCGCCAUUCACUUGUUGGCCCUUGUUUCUCUAUCGUUUCACGAGAUGAAGGGGCGACUAUCGCGUUCGGUUUCUUACAUCCACUUUCGAAUAGAAUGAGUGGGGAGUCAGUGUCAAGUAAUCUCUUUACUCGGAAUGAGUUACCAAAGACAAACAGACGUAACACUUGCGAAAUUUCCAUCGCCCACGCUUUUAACGAUCAUUUUAAAUUUUCAUAGUUGUGGCUUUCACAACCAGAGGCACGCGCAUCGUUUUUCUAUGCGUUUGACGUUUCACACUAGCGCCUUCUGUUGACGAUAUUGCACAACACAGUGAUUCGUGCAGCUUUUCCACCAGGUGAUGGUAGUGUGAACUGGGCGAUGGAUUUCCAUGAAAAUCGUUCAAGGUGUUACGUCUGUUUGUCUGUGGAGUUACCUUUUGUCAUGAUGGGUGUGAAAGAACCACAGUUUGGGAUUGUAUACGCACCUGAUCCAGGUUGCAUAUCAACACCGUGAACCCUCGUUAAUUUGAACGGCAUUUUAUGCAAAUAAAACGAGGUAAUUUUUUCGUUUUAAUUUCUAGUAACCCUAUGUGCAUCAGAAAACCGAACUUCUGGUAACCUUAUUUGCUGUUCUGUUUUGAUUAUGCGUUUCAGUUCACCCAGUUCCGUGAGAAAAGAGACGUUUCAACCAUUUAUUGAUUGACCGAUGUGUUGAUAAGCGUGUUUCUGGUUUAAAAGGGGAAGACAGUAUGAAUUUUUUUUGGGAGAAAGAUGAUGUUGGAUCCGUUUCACCCGCCAUUCCCUUUCAAACCGAAAACGUCAAACGAUCAUUUGCGCUUCCUCGAUCAUUUGCUUCGCGCAGCACGACAAGAAACACUCCCAAACCGUAUGCGCUAUCCUCUGCUCGGUGGGCUUGUGUGCGAGUGUUUUUAUUUCUCGUCUUUUAUAAAUAACAUUCAUUCAUAAAACUUAUAUUUAAGUUGGGUGAAAAUAAAGCGGAUGUUGUAAUUUUUCGCGCUAAAUUUAAAACGAAGAAAACACGCUUCUCAACUGCGCCGCGAUACUGCCACUAAUGGUCGAGAGUUUUCAUCGUGGGUGACGCCAUGGAAAGCGAUCCGCGUUCAGGUCGAAGCUGCUGCCACAUUUAACCCAAUCUGUUGCAAAUCAACCAAGCGUUCCUACAGGAAAAAAAAACUGAAAAUUGGUAAAUUCUAACAAACGUACCUAAUCGAUUGAUAAUUGGAACUAAUGUAAAAAAUAAAAAUCCUUAAAGCGCAAUGGAUACACCAGAAUUUUUUAUGUAGCCAAAUGUUUUGAACGUUUCGACCGAAAAAAAAACUUAAUGCUUGUCGUAUUUUACAGUAUGCGAUGAUUGUACUGAACCGCAAAAAGGAAAACAAUUGAAUUGCCUUAAUGUAAACAAAAACCAAUACUUAUGACGUUUUGUAUGCUCGUCCAACGCAAACGAACACAUUUCACGCGAAUUUGUUUUGCAUUUCUUUCCUUUCGAAUUACGAUGAAUGGCUUUUUUUUUGUUGAGUAUGGAAUUUAAAGUUUUGCUUAAAUCGGAAACAAGAAGAUUGUAUUUUUUUUGUUAAUGAGCAGAAUAAACCGACUAAUAGGGAGAAGAAAUUAUGAAGGAACUAAGCCGUGAAAAAGGUGGUAAAAGUUGAAAAUGAUUUCGUGUAGGAUUUAAUUUCCAGUAUUAUCUAGUCGUGCAUUAUAAUGUAGCAGAAAUACAAAAAAAUAACCGAAAAAAAAAUAAAAACCACGCUAGCAGACCAGGAAGACAGAAACAUUAUUCAGUAGGCUGAUACACUAAAAACACGAAGCAGAAAAAAACUAAACCCGAAUCUGUACAUUGUUUAUGCGAUCCAGAAGUUUGAACGAUUUAAAAUCUCAACAUAUUUUUGGCAAAUAUUCAGAAUUUGUUGGUACCAUUGUUUUAUAAUCUAUUGACAUUUUUCGAGCGAAAUUGUUGAAAUUAAAUUUACAAAUUUUUAGAGAAAAAUUCUAAAUUUAAAACGUUAGAAAGCACUGCUAAAACAAGCUAUAUCUAGACAAUGAAAAAUGUCCAAAAUCUCGAUGUCAGACAACAAAAGAAAGCACAUAAUCUUAUCAGCAUUAGAAAGAAAAACUUUAAAAUUAUAAACUGAAGAUAAUUAAGCAGAAACAACACAUGCGCUAUAUGAUAUAAAAUAAAGUGGAAUCAUUACAUUGUCAACUGUACCUAAGCUGUUAUUUUUUUUUAAAUAAAUGGAUGAAAUUAAACAAACAAGAACGAUGUCAAAUAUAUUCUCAAUUUCCUAACAAGCCUUUAACAAUGUCUCUCAUUCAAAAAACCGGUAACUACUGCACAUACACAUACGCAUACACCGACGAUUGAACCAUUCGAUCUACGCAACACAAAAAUACUCUCAUACUCCUCCCAUUUAAGAAACACCGAUAAAAUUUCCUUUGAUUAUUUAACCUAUCGUCAAAAUACCCCAUCCAACCACAUUCUCAUACCCACUCACACAUGGUUAGCAUUAUAUAAAAAAAAAACACGCAUUCGUUGGUAUUUCCCUUGUUCUCAAAUAGAUAGCCGCAAACAUUGUCGACACUUACA